AUGAAGGAACUCAUGGGACCUGAUGGACAAACAUGGGCCAAUAUGGAUCCAGAAGAAUGAAAUUUAGCAGCUGCUACAGCUUUAGCCCAUAUUUGUGCAAGACAGGGUGAGGGAGAUGUCAGGAGAGAAGCCCAGUCUGCUCAGUAUGAUCCCUACAGUAAAGCUUCAGUGACCCCAGGGAAGCCAGCUGCUCUUCCUGUGCAACUGCAGUACCCACAUGUAGAAAGUCAUGUCACUUCAGAAACAGGCUCAGAAGUCUCCCAAAGACUGAGAAAGCCAGUGAUGAAAAGAAAAGUGCUCCGGAGAAAGCCAGAUGGGGAGGUGUUAGUUACAGAUGAGUCGAUGGUCAGCGAAUCAGAAUCAGGUACAGAAAGUGAUCUGUAUCUCUGUGACUUAAGACAGAAGCUGAUGAAUCUGCAGUUCCAAGAAGACAGGGAAUCCCCAGUUGAUAUUUCACAAAAAUUUAAUCCACCACAUGAAUACCAAGGAAUCUCUCAAGAUCAGUUCAUUCGCUAUCUACAAAGAGAAGGAAUGGGCCCCCCAGCUUAUGAACAAAACCUGAUUGUGGCCAACAGACCCAAGUCUUUCAUUCUUCCCAAACUGGACCAGUUAAGCCGCAAUCGAGGCAAGAUAGACCGUGUAGCCCGGUAUUUUGAGUAUAAACGUGACUGGGAUUCAAUGCGAAUACCUGGUGAAGACCACAGGAAGGAGUUACGCUGGGGCAUCCGAGAGCAGACGCUUUGUAGAGCAGAACCCCAGCCCAAACCUCAGCAUAUCUAUGUUCCAAACAAUUACUUAGUACCAACUGAGAAGAAAAGAUCCGCCCUCCGUUGGGGUGUUCACUGUGACCUUGCAAAUGGGGUCAUGCCCAGGAAACUUCCCUUUCUUCUCCUUCCUGAGUUGUCUUGCUUGUCUCUCCUUUCACAGGGCAGUCGGCCUUACUAUCUCUCUUAA